AUGUCGUCUGUGCUAACGGAUUAUCAUAGAAAGCGUAUACGGUUACGUUCAAAAAUUUUACAAAGUCAACAAGAGCGUAUUCAACUUGAACAAAAAUUACAAUCAUUAUCGAGUAUUAAUUCAGGAUUAAUACAACAACCACAAAUUGAUCAUAUUCAAUCGUAUUUUACACAACUUAAUCAAGAAUCCCAACAUGCUAAAAAACGUAAUUCACAAUUAUUAAAUGAUAUAAUACAAGCAGAACGUAAUUUAAUUCAAAUACGUAUGAAUAUAGAAGAUUUAAUACGUUUAAAAUCUGGUCAUCCACAAUAUUUAGAAACAAAAUAUCCUAACUGGCAAAAACCUGUAUCGAAUGAAACAAAUAGAAUUAUUAAUAACAAUAUCUAUAAUUUUGAUCGUGUACCCCAGCAACGAAAUAUAUCAUCUAUUCAUUCGCCAUAUAAAUUUGAUUCUUCUACAUUAUUUAAACGACAUGAAGAUCAAUCGAAAGUUGAUAUGAAUUAUAAGAAUUCAUCUAUUAUAAAAAAUUCACACUAUGAUGAACGAUCAGUAUCAUCUGAAUCAACAUCGAAUACACUUUCUCGUUCAAAACGUACUGGUUCACUAUUUCGUACAGCAUUGAAUCGUUCUGAUCUUUAUUUUUUUAAUUGA